GUUCGGUUCCAUAUAAAUGGAAGGAAUGACAGGUAAAUUGAAGAAAUUGACGUAAAGUUGUGUUACCGAACAAAGGAAAUUAUUGCUAAAAGGAUAUUUUCACAACGGUUUAGAAUCGGGUACAAUAUCGAAUUCACUGUAAGUCGUCUAAUAUUUGCGAUCAAUGGCGAGCCACGAAGAGUUGGUUUCGCAAUUUACAGAUGUAACUGGUGUAGAAUCUGAACGAGCACGAUUUUACCUUGAAUCAUCUGCUUGGCAGCUUGAGGUUGCUCUUGCCAGUUUUUAUGAGAAUGAUGAUUUAAGACCUGCUGCAUUAAUCCCUGAACAUACAGAAGAUUCAACAGCAGAGGAGGAAUAUACGCAGACAUCAGACACAGAAAUGGAAGGACAGUCAUUGAAAGAAACACCAAAAAUAAAAUCUAGAUUUGCAACACUUAAUGAUUUCAAGGAUAAAGAAAGUAGCCCAGAAGAUGCACAGACAUUUUAUGCUGGUGGUUUUGAAAACAGUGGACAACAAGUUAUAGGACCACCAAAGAAGAAAGAUAUUAUCAGUGAUAUGUUUAAAUCGUGUCAGGGACAAUCGGUUAAGGUAAAACCAACAUCAAGUGGUCAGCAAAGACCCAAUACUUUUAGUGGUACAGGAUAUAAAUUAGGUCAAACAAACUCUGAUAGUGAAGUUGUUGCUGCUUCAUCUUCUAAUCAACAGUCUAAUUCUCGCCCUAUUACUUUAAAGUUAUGGAUGAAUGGAUUUACUGUAAAUGAUUCUGACCUUCGGUUAUAUACCGAUCCAGAAGAUAGGAAAUUUUUAGAUACUAUUAAAAGAGGUGAAAUACCACCAGAAAUUCGUCAAGAAUUUGUGAAGAGCACAGAGGCAUGGAUAGACAUAGAAGACCAUCAUCAUGAAAAUUAUCUUCCUCCAAAAGUCAAAGUGAAAACUUUUACUGGAAAGGGUCGCAUGUUAGGAAGUCCUUCUCCAGCAACUGUUGGUAUGACAAUACCAACUGAUCUAGCAGAUCAAGCAGCAAACGAAUCAGAAGCUAAGAAACAAUUAAAUUUAGAUGAAUCAAAACCUGUUACAACACUUCAAAUUCGUCUUGCCGAUGGUACUAAUGUGAAAGUUCAAUUUAAUUUAACUCAUACAGUCAGUGAUUUGAGGCAGUACAUAGUAACUAUGAGACCUCAGUAUGCUACGAGGGAAUUCAGUUUAUUGACAACAUAUCCUACUAAGGAACUUCCUGAUGAUAAAACAAUUGAAGAAGCUGGUAUACAAAACACUGCAAUCAUUCAACGACUGAAAUAAACAUUUUCUCUAGAUCUUUAGUUAUGGAUGCUUAAGUGAUGUAUCAAUUAGAUCAUUCUUAAAUAUACAUUUACAUACUUGAAAGUAA